AUGGCAGAGGCAGAGCCCAAAGCUCCCACCACCGAGGUGGGCCCGAGCUCCUCGUUCACCGAUGAUGUUCCUCGUCCUCGUGGUUGGAUGUACAAGCGCAUCGGUAGUGGUAAAGUCAACCUGGGCUGGUAUGCCUCUCCCAAGUUCCAGCUCGGCAUGGUGGCCUUUGUGUGUUUCCUGUGUCCCGGCAUGUUCAACGCUCUGAGUGGUCUCGGUGGUGGAGGCAAGGCAGAUGCCCAUCUGGCCGACGAUAUGAACACUGCUCUGUACAGUACCUUUGCUGUUGUGGGCUUCUGCGCCGGUACAAUCGUCAAUCGCUUGGGUGUUCGCAUUGCUCUAUCCUUUGGUGGUAUCGGUUACUGUCUCUAUGCCAUCUCCUUGCUUGUGUCAGUGCACAAGUACGUCCCCGGUUUCAACAUCUUCGCUGGCGCCUUCCUCGGUGUUUGCGCCGGUCUACUGUGGACGGCUCAGGGCACUAUCAUGAUGUCCUAUCCCACCGAGCGGUCUAAGGGUCGCUAUUUUGCAUGGUUCUGGGGUAUUUUCAACGUCGGUGCCUGCUUGGGUAGUUUGAUUCCCCUCGGCCAAAAUCACAGCGUCAAGACCAACAGCACCGUCACCGACGGCACUUACAUCGCUUUCAUCGUGCUUAUGUUUGCAGGUGCCUGUCUGGCUUUGUUCAUCUGUGACGCUGACAAGGUCGUUCGUGAGGAUGGCUCCAAGGUGAUUCUGAUGAAGAGCCCCAGUUGGAAGACCGAGAUCUACGGUCUGUGGGAGACCAUCAAGGCGGAGCCUUUCAUCAUCCUCCUGUUCCCCAUGUUCUGGUCCUCGAAUUGGUUCUACACCUACCAGCAGAAUGCCAUCAACGGAGCCUACUUUGAUACUCGCACCAAGUCGCUCAAUGGCUUCUUGUACUGGUUUGCUCAGAUCGUGGCGGCCACCAUCAUCGGUCCUCUCUUGGAUUCCAACCGAGUGCGGCGCAGUGUGCGUGCCAAGAUCGCCUUUGCCGUGCUGUUCAUUCUGACCAUGGUCAUCUGGGGUGGUGGUUAUGCCUGGCAGAAGCGCUACACUCGUGAGAGUGUGAGCAAAGAUGCCAUUAAGGCCGGCACUUUCACUCCCUGGGACUGGACCACCCCGGGCUACGUGGGUCCCAUGUUCCUCUACUUCUUCUAUGGCCUGUACGAUGCUGUCUGGCAGGGUGUCGUCUACUGGUUCAUGGGUGCUCUUGGCAACUCUGGUCGUCGCUUGGCCAACUUGGCUGGGUUCUACAAAGGUCUGCAGUCAGCCGGCUCGGCCGUCAUGUGGUCUCUCGACAGCAAGAAGACACCUUUCAUGAAUGAAUUUGCGUCCAAUUGGGGGAUCCUCGCCGGAUCUCUGGUGGUUGCUCUCCCCGUUGUGUUGAUGCGCAUUCGCGACACUAUCCCCAUCGAAGAAGACCUUAAGGGCACCGACGAGACCAUUGAGGACGUUCUUCCCCCCGGGACCAUCGCGGAGAAGCGUGUUCACGGCGAAUCCUAA